GGCGUGGUUAUAAGUACAGAGGUGUAUAAGGGGCGUGGCGCUGUGGAGGGCAAGAAGCCAUGAACGGCAUGGGCGGUCAUGGCAAGAAAGCUCAUGUUGUUGUCGUUCAGUUUCAGCUAUCUCAAAAACCAGCGAAUAAAUUUCGAGGCCGGUGCAACGCCCCAUGUCCGGAGUUACCUCCGCGUCCGGAGUUACCUCCAUUUACCUUAUAAGAUGCAACCUUGCUCAGAGAUUGAAAUCCACCACAGGCGUGCAAAAGUAUCUAUCACUAAGUAUGGUAUAUACAAACACCUAAUCAGACACCAUCAUCACACCAUCAAUCGUCAGUAAUAAUUGUAAUUACUAACAAGUAAAUAAAACAUUCUGCAAAUUAAAAAGUGUGUGGAAUAUAAGGAUGCCAUAAAAAGCAAGGAGACAAGAAAGGGAUGACCUGGGCAUGCAGUAGU